GCAUCGUAUCUGUCGCGGUGCUUGCGUGCCUUUGCUUGAACGCCGUCCUGCUUUUCGGACGAGACGAAGAAGCCUUUGGUAACUUGUUUCGGUCCUUGCACACUGCCUUCCGAAUGAUGUUCGGAGACUGGGAUUGGAUGCCAAUGGAACGGGUCAGUCGAACUGGCGCCUACCUUUGGUUUACCAUGUUCAUGGUUCUUGUGGUUAUCAUCCUUCUUAAUAUGCUGUUGGCCAUCAUUCUCGACAACUAUAUGGAUGUCAAACGAGUGUCGGCGAGCGCCGACUCACUGGGGGCUCAAAUGACGGAGAUGUAUCGGAGACGAAAAAUGCUAAAACGCAAAGAACGCGUGCGUCUCAACGAUAUCUGGGAUAGUUUCGUGGCGGAAGCCAGUGGCCGGCCAAAGAUCGCGCUGGCAACCGACCGGCAGAUCACAGCUGAUAAGCUGCAGCAGAUCGUUCCGGGCAUUCCUCACUCCCAAGCAUCCCGCACUUUGCAAAACUCUUGGUUAGCUCAUCUGAAAGCAACCACAGCGCCGUUCGAGUUGAAGCAUUCUUCUCGUCACCUGGCAGCUUUUGAGAUGGAGACGCGGAAAGUGCGGAACGGCUUGUUCUUCCUCUUUGAUCGCUUGGACUUCUACGACACGCGGUACGACGACGAGGGUGCAGAGAAGGUCAAGAUUUUCAGAGGCUCCGAGUUCCGUGUUCGCUUGAAUGGGGUCGGAGAAGGAGCCGCAAUCAUUUCAGAAACUGCAGCCCUGAGCACGGCCGCAGAAAUAGGUUUUAGUUGGCACAUGCAGCAAAGUCGGAGUGACGACUUCGACUUAGACUUUAUUUUGGACAAGGAAGGUCUCCGAUUCGAGAUGACCAAGGCGGCCGGUAAGCUUGCAUUGCCGUCUGCGAAGGAAGGCCCCAAGCUGCGAAGUGCCGACUCCGGGCGAACCUCCGCUCGCUCGGCUCGCUCAGCUCGCUCUGCGCGUUCUGCCAGGGAUUCUCCGGCAGGGGGUCCGGGCCCCUCCGAGAUGGAGCAGGAGAUCCACAUGCAGAUGCAGCGACUGAGUGUUGAAGCCGCAGAGAAGUUAGCCACGGUCUUGAGCAGUGUCGACAAGACCCAGGGCCGGAUUGAAGAGAAGCAAGCGGUGAUCCAGGGAAGCUUGCGCGACAUGCUGCAGGUCCUCCUGCAGCUGCAGACUUGGCCUACUGGUGAAAAAUACACGGGCCAGUUCUUCAAGGGUGUCUUCCAUGGCCGAGGGACCCGAUCAUGGCCCAACGGGGACAGCUAUACUGGAGAGUUCAGACACGGCGAGCCGGAUGGCGAAGGCAAAUUUGAAAGUGCUGCGGAAGGCUGGGUUUACACUGGUCACUGGAUCCAUGGCGAGAUGUGUGGCAAUGGGCAGAAAACUUUGCCUGAUGGUGCCGUUUAUGUGGGGGAGUGGAGGCAAGGAUGCCGGCAUGGGCAUGGAUGCCUUACCUGGCCGAGCGGUGCUUGUUACGAGGGGCAGUUUGUCGACGACUGCAUGGAAGGGCGUGGUCGAAAAACCUUCGCUGACGGGAGUUGGUGUGAGGGUGAGUUCAAAGACGGCGAACUGGAAGGCCACGGCACCUUUCACUGGCCGGACUCCACCGAAUUUGAGGGCCGCUGGCAGAGGUCGGAAGUCGUUGGGCCUGGAACUCACCGCUUCGCCGACGGGACGUGUAUCGCCGGGAGCUUCGAAGACUGUGGAGCAACAGGAGAAGGAACCAAGACCUGGGCAAACGGUUGCAGCUAUGCUGGCAGGCUGUUGCACAACCAGAUACAUCACUAUGGUGUUCUGCGGUGGUCAGACGGCCGGUGUUAUGUGGGGCACUUCAAAGAUGAGGCCAUGCAUGGCGUUGGGAUGCUUACCUGGAGCGACAGCUUGGGUGCAUGUGUCUACAAG